AUGCAGAGACAAUCUGGCAGAGACAGACUAGGAGUGCAAAUUUAUUUUCUUGUUUGUGAUUCUGGUUUUAAGGCUGAAGAAAACCCUACACCCAAACACAGGGUCCGAAUUCCCUCCUCGGCUCUUCGGAGAAGCAGAAGAUCAGGGUCACAGAAUGAUGUCGUGCUGGUUGCCUCUGUGAUAGGCAGCAGUUUCUUUCAGCAAAAACCUCGGAGCAGAGGAAGAGGCCUGAUUCCCCAGCAGCCUGUCAGCAUGCAGGAAACUGUUUUAGGGGACCUUGUCCUAUUUUUGAAGGCUGGAACUCAGCCAGUCAGCAACCUUACAGAACCUGUCCAGUUAUUCUUCAAACACGACAUAGGGGAGAAAAGUGGGAGGUGUGUGUUUUGGAAGGAGUCAGAUCCUAUGCAUGAAGCAGGGAAAUGGAGUACCGAGGGGUGUGAAACCACCAAAACUGAUGAGGAGUUUAUUUGCAGUUGUAACCAUCUCAGCUUUUUUGCGGUGCUCGUGAAUCCAAACUUAAAGGUGGAUGAAAGCAGCGCCAAAACCCUCAGUUACAUCACCUACGUCGGCUCAGCGCUCUCUGCCUUCUUUGCAUUCGGCAGCCUGUUCAUCUAUGUUCAUCUGCAUCGGCGGAGGCCCGAGAAGGCCCUCGGCAUCCACAUGCAGCUGACUGGGGCAUUGCUUUGCCUCCACCUCGGCUUCCUGAGUUCAAGUUUCUGGAUUUAUCUGCUUAAAGAGGAGCAGGGCGGCUGGGUUUGUCGAGGUCUGGGUUUCUUCUUGCACUGGUCUCUGCUGGCUACGUUUACCUGGAUUGCCCUGGAAGGAUUCCACCUUUAUCUCCUCCUCAUCAGAGUCUUUAACAUCUACGUCAGUAGAUACCUGCUAAAGCUCUCCAUAGUGGGAUGGGGCUUUCCUACACUUGUUGCAGUGAUUUGUGGGAGUUUAGGUGUUUAUGGCAGAUACACUCUGGAAAUAAGGGAUUCCAAUAACAACACAUCACCAUCGCAAAUAUGCUGGAUGAGCAGCGAGUUCCAACAGAGACAUGUAGUCUCGUACAUCACUCUGGCUUUUCUUUGCCUGACUGUGCUGUAUAAUACCUGCAUGCUGCUGGUGGUGGUGUUUAAAGUUUGGAAGAUAAGAGGUGGACAAAGGGACUAUGAAUGCAGCGACUGGAAGAAGACAAACAGCAACAAAUGGUCCAGGUUAUGGAAGGAUGGUACCACAGUUCUGGGCCUUAGCUGGGUCCUUGGGUUACCAUGGGGAUUGGCCAGCCUCACUUAUGCUACUUUAUCUGGAAUCUACAUUUUCACCAUCUUUAACUCUCUGCAAGGUGUGUUUAUGUUCCUGUGGGCUGUGGCUUUGUCGUGCAAGUCUCGAUCGGAAAUGAACUCCUCAGUCCGAGAUCCGUCCACUCAGAAAAUUAUGACAACCAGCUUCAACUGAUAUUUUCUGCAAAUGCAAACACAGUAUUAUGCCUAUGUUAGGUGUUGACUCCCUGACUAUUUUCUUUGCCUUCGAGUACAACCAAC